AUGGGGCAGUAUGGCGAUCGGUUUCUCACCAGAAUCCACUCCACGAAGGCAGCAAAUUCAACUCAAGGACCAUCUUCGGACAACGACGCUCUGCACACGUUACCUUCAACAGUAUUGUCAACUGUGGUCUCUUCAUCUUCACCUUCAUCUCCAGCCUCCUUGUUAUCUUCAUCAGCAGUCUCCUUCUCAUCUGCCUCUUCCUCUUCCUCACCUGGUAUUCCCUCAUCCUCUGUGGCUGUUUCUUCUUCUGUUAUCUGUUGUGCUGAAUCCUCUUCUUCUGCUAAUCCUUCCUCUACUUCUACCUCCUCUUUCUCUGCAUCUUCCUCCUCGUCUUCUGCUACUUCUACCUCUUCCUCUAUGUAUUCCUCAUCUUCUUCCUCUGCUGUUUCCUCUUUAUCUAUUACUCCUCCUGCCUCAUCAUCUUCCUCUGCUACUUCCUCUUCUGCCUCAUCCUUAGCUGCCUCAUUUAUCUCCUCUUCUGGUGUCACCUCUUCCUCAAAAGCUUCCUCUCCAUUGUCUUCAUCUUCAGUUCCCUCUGCUUUCCCAUCUCCUUCCAAUUCUUCAUCUACUUUUGAGAUACACCUCCAACCUCCUCCUCAUCAGCCACCUCCUUUUUCUCAGGAUCCAGACCACUCAGCACCUCGGCUUCAUCACUUCGCAGCCUUUCUUCAGCCUGUACAGAAUCCCUGAAUGGUCCAGUGCAAAGCAGAGCUAUGAUAAGCCCCAACAGCCAGCUACAUGAAGCUAUCAUCUUGCAGUCAUUCCCUCACACAAAUACAGCCAAACAGUUUAUAAAAAAUUAUGUUUGUUUCUGAAAAAAAUGUUUGGCUUUAGUAGCUUGUCACCCUAUAGAACUAUUUACCGGCUCAGGGUACUGACCCACCAAAGUCUCUGUAGCAUUUGCUUAGGAUCAUGUACGAUCGUUUGGGCUUUAUGUCUUAGAAAUUCAUUUUAGCCUUUUGACAUUUGCAAAUAAAUUACAGAAUCUGGCCCCAUAGUCUAAAGUUAUAUGGGUGUUAAAUGGCCAAUUUUUACCCCCAUUAUCUGGAAUAUGCUGAACAGAUCAACUCUCUGGUCUUCCCUAUCUGACUUCAAACACAUUCCAAGAUAACUAGAUGCUAGGUACCAAGGGCCUGGCUGACCAGCAAACUCACAUUUCCACAAUACACAACACACACAUUAAAACUUUUGUUUAUUUGGCUUAGAAUGAAUCAGUUACAAAUG